AUGGCGUCACAAUCAGCAGUGAAUGAUCUACACGAUAACACAGUGGUAGGAGAGGAACCGAAGCCACAAGAGCCAAACGUCAAUUCUGAAGAUUAUGACUACGAAAACUCCGAUUAUGAUUCAGACUCGCUAUCCGAUGUAAGCACUAAAAAUAAGGAAAAGUCAAGAAGACCGGGGGAUAACGCGUUCAGACAACAGCGUUUAAAGGCAUACAAUCCAGUUUUGACGGUGAAGACUGUUAUACCCAUAUUAAUUGUUAUAGCUGUUGUUUUUGCUCCUUUGGGGGCUGCUAUGUGGUAUGCAUCUCACAAGGUUCAGGAUAUGUCGAUCGAUUAUGCGCAUUGUGAGAAGUUGGCGUCAUCGGAUUACUGGCAAGAGAUUCCUGAAGAGUACAUCAACUUCAACUUCAAGAGUAAGGACAGAGAUGUGGCGAAGCCCCAGUGGAAAUUAGCUACCGAUGAUUCGGAGGAGUUUGAAGACGAGAGAAACGUAUGCAGAUUACAAUUCGAAAUUCCAAACGAUUUAGCGCCUCCGAUUUACUUCUUCUACAGAUUGGAUAAGUUUCACGCCAACCAUCGUCGUUAUGCGAAGUCUUUUAGUGAAGACCAAAUCGAGGGAAAAGCAGCUUCAGAGGACGUCAUUAAGAAUACGGUUGGGCAGAAUUGUCAGCCACUUUCUGUCAAUAAAGAAGGUAAGAAGUAUUAUCCUUGCGGUUUGAUUGCAAAUAGUUUAUUCAACGAUACCUUCACCAGUACGUUAACAGGUGUCAAUGGGACGUCGGAUGACUAUGAAAUGACAGAAAAAGGAAUUGCGUGGGCUAGUGAUAAAAAUAGAUUCAAGAAGACUCAAUACCAUUAUUCUGAGAUUGUACCUCCUCCAAAUUGGUACAAGAAAUAUCCAAAUGGUUACAACAAAGAUAAUGUACCAGAUAUCUCUACGUGGUAUCAGUUCCAGAACUGGAUGCAUACAUCUGGGUUACCUACUUUCAAUAAGUUAGCCCUUCGUAAUGACGAUGACACUUUGAAGAAAGGUAUUUACGAAGUAUCCAUUGGUUUACACUUCCCUGUUUUACCUUACAAUGGUAAGAAAUUUAUCUACAUAUCCCAAAGAUCUGUUAUGGGUGGUAAAAAUGACUUCUUGGGUAUAAGUUGGAUGGUUGGUGGUGCCCUCUGCUUCGUGUUGGGUUUAACAUUGUUAGUUGUAAACACCAUUAGACCUAGACGAACUGGUGAUGUUAACUUGCUUAGUUGGAAUAGAGAACAAUUCGCUAAAGAUGAAAGAGAAGAAUCAUCACUCACCAACGUUGAGAAAGAUUAA